GCGAAACUUCCCCUUCUACUCCACGUUCUGCACCUGCGGUUUGGCUGCCAGAAGGGAGCAAGAGACGGCGUAAGGAGCAAGAGACGGCGCGAGCGAGGUUGCAACGGAAAGAAUGGUCGGCAGAAUGAAGGACCGACCCCGCUGAAGAUGGGGUACUUUUGUUGUGUGUGUGUUGCAUCACACGUCAACACCAUAACUUCUACCACUCGACUCAUCACGACAGACACCAGUUGCUGAGCGCAGUGCCACGACCACCAGACAAUGCAAUGAGCCUCCCAACUCCCCUCACCGGGCGCCUCGUCUCCCUGCAGACAAAGGACGAAGUGCGGGCCAGCCUCGAAGUCCACAGCGUCUACGUUGUCGAGGUCCCAGCCAAGUUUGCCAACGUUGUCAAGGAUGCCGUCCAAGCUGAAAUCCCCGACUUCAAGACGUCCGAGAUCUCGCACUUGCGCCGCGUCGUGCAGUUCAAGUACCUGCCGCCUUCACUGCAGAAGCAAUUCUAUCCGCCUGCGAGGCUCCCGAGAGUGCGCUACUUCCUGCUGUGUCCCACACGACACAUCCAGCAUGCAGACCUCUUCGCCAUCCUGCGCCGCUGCCCGCCCUUCGACGGCAAGACCGCUCCCCCACGGAUCAUGUACGUGACCGUCCCAGCCUUUGCGCCUAUAUCUGCCGAGCAGGCUGCCGAGUGGAGCGACUCGUACUGGCCCAUCUCGUACAAGAACACCAAUCCGUACGGCCCACAUCCCAGUCUUGUCGCGCGCAAUACAGCAGAAAUCGAGGGCGAAGCGGGAACCUGGCUUGCGCUUGCAAAUACAGCCGCCAAGCAGAUCUCGGACAAGUGUCUCGGCGAGCGACUCGGCGUCGUUGUCGUUGAUCGCCAGAAAGACCCUCCAGAAGUUAUCGCUGUCGCGGGUGACUGCCGCUGGCGAUCACCAAUUGGUGCAGUGGAACCCCACAAAGGUCAAGGCAAUGUCAUGGCUCACGCCGUCCAACGCGCCAUCGCCAUGGUCGCCAAGAAGCGUCUUCGUCUUGCGGGCACUGACCCUGCAUUGCUGGACCGUUCACUCUUCUGUGAUAGUCCCCUUACGGACGUCGAGAAAACAUACUACGAAAAGGACAAUAUUUCAUCAAGCGGCUACUUGUGCGUCGACUUGGACAUUUACCUCACCAACGAGCCCUGUGUCAUGUGCUCAAUGGCGAUUCUGCAUUCAAGGUUCAGGCGCUGCAUCUUCGCGAAGCGCAUGCCAUACACCGGCGGUAUGACGGCUGACAGCGCGCAUGGUGGUCUGGUUACGGGAGGCGGCUUGAGGCACGGCCUGUUCUGGCGUCCGAGCGAGCUGAACUGGAAGUUCCUGGCUUGGGAAUAUCACGAGGAUGGCAAGGAUGCGAAGACCGUCGCGAACGUCAAGGAGAGACUGCAUGUGUAGAUUUGGGGCCGGCGGAACAGAUUCCACAUUGGAUAAAUGGUAUUAUCACGGCGCAUUGGAUUAGAUGUUGACUUCACUACGUGGGUGUGGUAACAUGGAUUGUAGAAUAGCUCUCAAUGAUGGCAGAUUUAUCAUGCG